AUGAUAAGAAAAAAAUGGCCUUCCAACGAAAGGGUCGUCAAACCCAUCGUCAGCAAAGGAUACAUCAGUCCACUCAGCAUUAAAAAUGUAAAAGAAUUGAAGGAAGAAUUAAAAAAUAAAAUAUACACAAACAUAUAUACAUUCAAUACAUUAUGUGAUGGCAUAUACAUCAGUAGAGGGAUCUAUGCAAUUACGGGGAGGAGAAACACGGGAAAAAGUAGUCUUUGUGCACACAUUUGUGUGAAUCUCUUUUUUAACGAUAUAUUACAUUACUUCCACCUCUUUUAUUCUUCCUUCUUCGACUUUUUACAAUUUUUGGAAGAAAAAAAUGUUGAAAGUAAAUUUUGCCUCCAGACGGCUAAUCGCUUAAGCGAAGUGGGGACAGAGUUCUCUCUGGGGUACAAAAGCUUCAACGACUUUAAGCAGAUGGUCAGGUACUUCUCCGCGCAGUUCGUCCAAUUACAAGGGGGGAAAGAUAACGGUGUCAGCGUGAGUGGUGGCCACAUCAAUUGUCCCUGCGGAAGUGGUAGACAAGGUGAUGAGGAUGACCAACGUGAAGAACGUUACCUGAAGGAAGAAUGUUUCGAGCGCUUUUCCAAGAGGAGAGCUAUCUACCUCGACCUGGACAACAGCUUCUACAUGGAGAGAUACAAAAACAUGAUCCAUGCGUCGUUGGAAAAAAUAAAAAAGUUAAUGAACACGUAUAAGCAAUUCUGCAGUGAAAAAAAAUGUUCCUGCUUCAUGCUACUACUACAGAGUGAUAAACAACUGAGGAACUUCCUCUCUCCGUUACGAAAAAAGUACAGCGCAUCAUAUGACUCCCUCAUAGACAUUUUUAAUCACCACAUGGAAAAGUACAUCAACCGUAUCACCUUCUCAGAUGUGUAUAAAAACUUUCAACUCUUGAAAAUAUUUAAUUUUGGCGAACUAGUAAACGUUGUUAAUUUUAUCAGUAGCGAGUUGCAAAAGUAUGAACAACCAUGUAGCAAGUAUUUAAGUAGAUAUGUACCUCCCGACUUAGGAGUGCUUGUGGUGGACAAUAUGAAUUACCUAUACAAGGAGGGAUCCCAUGGGAAAAAUAAAUGGAAUAGCGAACUAAGCGAGUUGCUAAAAACCUUGUCUAAAUUAUCUACGGAAAAUAAAGUUUGUGUUCUUGUUACAAACAACGAUAAUAAAUAUUUUAGUAAAAAAGAAGAGUGGUUUUUCCAUCUCUACUCCAAAUAUGCAUACAGCCAUGUACUCCUUAAAUUUAUCAACGAAAAAAAACUUUUCAAUUUUAACUCUUUUCCAAAGGGAAAAAUAAAUGCGCUACGUGAGCACCGGAGAGGUAACCGAAAUGAGAGCCUCCACGUCAAGAGCAGCGUGAUCAAGGACGACAACACUUAUCAUAAUAGAGGUAGAGAUGGGAACGAGAACUCCACAUCUAGCGAAGAAAGCUUUAACGAGUUGUCGCGUAAUGCUGAUGCAGAUGAAGGAAAAGCUAGUGAUGACAAGAACCCUGGCGACUAUGACGAAGAAAGCGAUGAAGAGGAAGAUGCCAAGGAUGCCUUCUUCAAAAAAAGAUACAACCUCAGAUACAUAAAAAUAAAAAGGAAGAAAAAAAAAACGGAGUUAUGCUUCUUCCAGAUAAACGAGUUCGGAAUCGAGACCAUCCUUGUCUGA